UCCAGGAGGACGAGGAGAGGGCGUCUCUCUAUUUAUCCUAACAGAGCGGAAGCGGCUCUCAGUCUGGGUCUGGGUCUCGGUCUGAGUCUGGGUCUGAGUCUGGGUCUGGGUCUGGGUCUGGGUCUGAGUCUGAGUCUGGGUCUGGGUCUGGGUCUCAGUCUGGGUCUGAGUCUGGAUUCAGCCGCAGGAUCAGCUGCUGCCUCCGUGUCUGCGGAUUUUAUCAUUUCAUCGUUCUGGCCAAGAAGGAUUUGAUUUAUUUAUUAAGUAAACCCCCGAGGAGGAGAGUCCGGACCGGACCGGACCGGACCGGACCGGACCGAGCCGAGCCGAGCCGAGGAGAACCGAACCGAGUAGAACCGAACCGAAUCAGGACAAAGAACAGAGACAGACGGGGCGGCUUCAUCUCCUCCUGCAGAGUCUUCCUCACCGGGAGGAGCGGUGAAGGACCCACCAGGACCAGGGACGGAUCCAGGGCCAGGGACGGAUCCAGGACCAGGGACGGAUCCAGGACCAGGGACAGAUCCAGGACCAGGGACAGAUCCAGGACCAGGGAUGCUGGUCUUGGUCUCAGAGUGAACUCAACAUGGCUGCUUCAAGUCUGAUGAUGUGUGUGUGUGUCCUGCUGCUGCCUCCCACCACCGGUUUCCAGUCAGAGGAUGGCGAGGACAGAUUGUGUGCCUUCACAGACAACUUGCAGGGGGCGGAGCCUCCUCCAACCAAUGAGCUACGAGGAGAGGUGCUGGAGAACACCACGAUUCGCUGCAGCCGCGGCUCCCGCUGCUAUGGAUUGUGGGAGAAAAGAGCAGACGGGGAAAUGCAGCUGAUAAAUCAAGGUUGUUGGACACAUGUGGGUAACCAGCAGGAGUGUCAUGGCAGCCGCUGUGUGCUGGUGAUGACGACGCCAUCCCAGGUGCAAAACGUCAACUAUCGUUUCUGCUGCUGCAGCCGCGACCUCUGCAAUGCUAACUUCACUGAGGCCCCGCCCACUGCCGAUGCCCCCGCCCUGAGGCCCAUGAGGACGGCCGGCCGGGGCGACAGCGACACAGGUCGACACCUGACACCCGAGGAGACGGCGCUUGUUGCCCUGGUAACCGUUGCUGUAGCAGCCAUCCUCAUCAUGGCGAUGUUCCUGGGAUACCGCAUGAUAAAAACUGUGUGUCCAGGGAAACAGAAACACAGUCUGUCUGCUGUGAAUGUGAUAGAGGCGACAAACACUGAGUCUGGUGUCGACAUGGACAACCUGAAACUACUGGAGCUGAUUGGUCGAGGCCGCUAUGGUGCCGUGUUCCGGGGUUUCCUUAACGAGCGCUGUGUGGCCGUGAAACUCUUCAGCUCAGCUAACUGGCAGAACUAUGCUAACGAACGCGCCGUCUACUUCCUGCCGCUGUUGCAGCAACACGACAACAUUGCCCACUUCAUGGGCGCCGACGGGAGGACGGCGGCCGAUGGACGCCCCGAGUUCCUGAUCCUCCUGGAGUACUACCCACACGGCUGUCUGUCUCAGUACCUGUCUGUCCACACCGUGGACUGGUUGACCUGCUGUAGGAUGACCCACGGUAUCACCAGAGGACUGGCCUUCCUCCACACCGACAUCCACAGAGGAGACCAGUACAAACCAGCCGUGGCCCACAGAGACCUGACCAGCAGGAACGUCCUGGUUCGAGCCGACCUGUCCUGCGUCCUCGCAGACUUUGGCCUGUCCAUGAGGCUGACGGGGACACAGCCUUGUUGCCCUGGAGACGAUGACACUGUGGCCAUAUCAGAGGUGGGGACGGCGCGUUACAUGUCUCCAGAGGUUCUGGGCGGAGCUUUGAACCUCAGAGACUUUGAGGCGGCGCUGAAGCAGGUGGACGUUUAUUCUCUGGGUCUGAUUUACUGGGAGAGUUUCAGGAGGUGCUCCGCCCUCUACCCAGGUGAAGCGGUUCCAGAGUUCCAGCUGGCGUUCCAGGCCGAGCUUGGGAACCAUCCCAGCUUUGAGGACAUGCAGAACCUGGUGGUCAGAGAGAAGUACAGACCCAGGUUCCCUGACGCCUGGAAGGAGAACAGUCUGGCAUUGCGUUCCCUGAAGGAGACGAUGGAGGACUGUUGGGAUCAGGACGCUGAAGCUCGACUCACCGCACAGUGUGCAGAGGAAAGACUGUCUGAACUCACACUGCUGAGUCUACACAACCAGACACACAACCACAGGAAUCUGUCUCACGGCCGGUGGACUCCUCCAGUUGGCUCCGCCUCUUCCUACAUUGAAGAUCGUCAGGUGGGUGUGGUCAAAAAUCUCCAAGGAGACGGUUACCCAGCAUCAGUCAUCAGGACUACAACAAGUUGUGUAGAAGGUGUAGACAAGAACCGGAGCUCCAUCAACCUGGAACGGCAGCAGAAUCGGACUCGGUUGUUGACCUCAGACAGCGUCGGGGCGCCGGCCUCAGUCCUCUCCACCGUCUCUACAUCCCACCUCAGCGGGGGUGCCGUGCCCAGAGUCCAGGUCUGCCUUCAGCUGAUGGAGGAGGACCUGGAGGCCGCCAAGCUGGACCCAAAGGAGGUCGGGAAGAACCUGAGGGAAACGUCUGAUGAAAACCUGAUGGAGCAUUCACAGAAACGGUUUGGUUCGGACCCUCAAACCUCCACCCUGCUGCCCCAUCAGAGGCUCCUGAGUCCUGAGGCAAACAACUGGCCACUGACUCCUCAGACUGAACCAGGGGUUGUUGGGGGGGUAGUUACCCCUCCUUCCUCCUCCAUCCACCCCCUCCCCAAACAGCAGAACCUGCCCCAGAGGCCCACCAGUCUCCACCUGCCCCCCAAGACCAAGGAGGCCCGCACAGCUUCUUCUCAGGUCAAGCUGGGGAAGCUCAGGUCAAACCACCAACAGGUGGAAACAGGUGUGGCUAAGAUGAACACAGUAACUGCCGUCACAGCUUCAGAACCUCACCUGCUCACCACAAUUACCAUGAGAAACAGCACUGGUACUGGAAUUCAAGUCCACGCUGGAGCCCCCACCCUGGUGAAGAAUGCUAUGAUAGGUGGAGGUCGGACCAAUCCUGCAGGGCCCCAGGAGGAGGACGAGAAAAUAGAUGGAGGGAGGAGCCGCCAGAACCUCCUCAAUUUCAGUCCUGAUGAACAUGAACCUCUGCUGAGGAGCGAACAGCUUCCAGCCGAGAGUCAACCACCUCCUCCUCUGCUCCAUCAUCAUCAUCACAUGUUGACGAGACGAGGCUCCAACUCCAACAACAACAACAACCGGCUGGUGUUGGGUUCAGACCUCGAGCUGGAGCCACCACCAGGAAGUCAACCGAGAGGUGGAUUCACUAGCGCUGCUCUGGUUUCAGAUCUAGAAGAUAAAGAUCUGCUCUCUGGCCACACCCCCCAUCCACAGGUCCCUCACACCGUCAGCGGUACAAGUCAAGACUCAGAUUCAGGUCUGUAUCAGGCUGAAGCCCCUGGAUAUACUCAAAAUCCAAAAGAUCCAAAAGACCAGCUGGUCCCUUCUGCCGGCACCACUGAGGUCCCUGACACCACAGCUCCACCAUCUGGCUCAACAAAAACUACUCCAGAACCAGUAUUUACAGAAGAACCAGGGACCCAGGAACAACAACCGCAAGACGAUGGCCUGACUUUACCUUCUACAGCCCACGCUCAGAAACCUCCACCACCAGCAGUCACCGCCUCGGAUCCUGAAGCUACAUGCGAACCAGUCUCAGAACCACAAACUGGUCUGUUGCAGUCCAAUGUGAGACCGUCCAAAGCCAGGAGGCCUGAACGUCCCUGUUCCCUGGACCUGUCCUCAUCCUGCAUCUCUUCAGGUGAUUUCUCCCUGGCAGAUAACGGUAGUCUGAGUGCUUCAGGGGAGAAAAUAAAACGUCGAGUCAAGACCCCAUACACUCUUAAAAAAUGGCGUCCAGCGUCGUGGGUUAUUUCCUCAGAUGCAGCUCUUGAUCUGGACUUUGAAUUCAACACCACAAGCAGCAGCUUUUCUUCUGAUCCUCGUCGAGCAGGAAGUACCGGCGUCCCCAGAAUCAACCAGUCUAAAUCCAGCAUGGCAGUGUUUCUGGUGGAAGGCGGAGCCACUGAAACCACGACCUCGGAGCCUGAUGGGAUGACCAGCUUCUAAACUCCUUCUGUUUCCAGAGCUGCUUCAUUUUUCCGUCUUCCUUCUGUUUUGUUGUGGAAACAAACCUCCCCAGCACAAGCCCGGCAACCAAACCCAAAUCUGACUCAAGUAUUUUGACAGAACCUGGGUCCUGUUUCUGGUUCUCAGUGUGUUAAUCCCAAUGGACCUAAGCUCCACCUUGUUUUAUAUACAGGAGGAAACAUUUUUGAAGGUUUUAAAUGAGUUCUUUCUGGUGGCUCUGGACCUGUGAGAGAGUCCAGAGAGGAUCUGAUCGCUAGCCAUGUAGUCUUGGUCCUGGGACUGGGUGUGGGAUUGGGUCUGGGUCACUAGCCAUGUAGCUUCAGUUAUUUUUGAUGCCUGGUGCAGUCCAAGUAUGACCUGAUGUUCUCUAUCUUUGUCAGGGGUCUGGUCCCAGGUCCCGAGUCUGGGUCUGGUUCUGGUUCUGGGUCCUGGGUGUAGAGGUGCAAGUUGAGGCAGUGAAUCCAGCUACAUCGACUCCACAUUAACUGACGAUCUUUAUCCUUUUAAUUUGCUCUUUCCUGUCUGAGGUCUGAGCGGCGCCGGGUUGGGACCGGAUGGAGAGAGGAAGUCAUCGAGAUAAACAAAGAAUGUCCAGAAAAGACAGAGAGAGGAAGUCAUUGAGAUAAAGAAAGAAUGUCCAGAAAGGACGGAGACGAAAGGAGAGCACCCCCCAUCCCUCGUUCAUGUACAGCGACAACAAAAGAAUCCAAAUCAAACUAGACAGACACAGAGAACAACUCUAGAUACAACCAAUAAAUAAAAUAAGCACUGUCAUAAAGAGAUAAUCUAUUAACAAACAGAUUUAAAGUAAUAAUAAUAUAUACAUAAAAAGAAGCAACCCAGGCGUGUAUGAAUCCACAGUAACUGGAAAGAACUGGGCUUCUUAUAGAUCCAGUCAACCAAACAUAAAACAUUUGAGAUGUUUAUCCUGUCUGUAAGAAGAAUGAUUUUUAGAGGAUGAGAUAAAGAUGAAGAAGGAAUGAACAGAUCUGUUCCAGAUGAUGACAUCAGCCUCGGAUCAACUCUGUACUUCUAGUUUAAACAUAAUCAACUUUAUUUAAAGCUGAGCUCAACGGGGACUGGAGCUAGAAACCAUUUCUCUAGAUGUUUUAUAUAAGAUGAGGCCUUGGUUCCAUUUCUCAUUUCUCUGAAUGUGUGGUUUUAUAAAUGUUUAUCAGCCCAUUAAUAACAGGUAUGUUCUCUGUUAACAAUAUUUAAGUGAAUACUGCUUCUGUCUGUGGAGACGUUCUGUUCUGGUGGUUUUCUACAGUUUGUACAGUUUUUUGAUGCUGACACAUAUUUAUACACACACACAUGUAUCUAUACAUUAAUACACUAUAUCUCCAACAGUAUCCUCUCACCUGCCUUUACAUGACCUCCAGUCACGUCUGUUCUUAGUCUCCAGGGUUUAAUUUGACGUCUCCAGCCUCUGCAGCUCUAACAGCUCCAACUCUUCUGGGAAGAUUUUCCACAGGUUCAUGAUGAGGUGGUUUCAGAAGCUCAUCAAUGAUGUUGGAGGAGAAGUUCUGGCUCACAGUCCACAUCUAGUUCAUCCCAGAGGGGUUCUAUGGGGGUCAGGACUCUGAGGCCAGUCCAGUUCUUCCUCAUCCAGGUCUUUAUGGACCUGGCUUUGUGCUCUGGUCCUCAGUCAGGUUGGAACAGGAAGGGGUCCAAAAAAACAUCAGAACUAACAUCCUAUCACAGUACCAUGCUGGAACCCACUGAACUCCUCAGAGGGGAGUGAGUGUGUUAGUAUAUUCUCUAAAAUAUGUGUUUUCCUCGUCUGUUCUCUCCCAGAAUAGUCCACUGAAAUAUGCUAACCGCCGCUCACAAGCUAUACCGCUUGAGAUGCGUUGCAUCCAGUUAAGCCCCACCCCUCAAAAAACAUCACAUUGUUCACAAACCAUGGAGGGGUCUUCAGUGUUUGUGUGUGAGGACCCGUCCAGAACCAGAACUCUAGAACAGACAGAGUGUUUUAAUUCUGUGACAGGAACCAGGUCGCUCUAGUUUAGUCGACUGUGUUUAAAGAUGGCGGCCAAGUCAUCAAAACACACCCCUCAUGCUUCCGUGUAGGCUGGCCACUGAGCACGCUCAGUAGCACCCUUCUCCAGGAAGUGCUGCUUUUAAGACUUGAGAAGAAACACGGAGAAGGACUCGGCCGCCAUCUUUGAAUCAGACAAAUGUUUGAGAGACAUCUAAUAAUGUUUGUGUGAUUAUUUUAUACUGUAAAACAACAGUUAUCCAACUACUAUCUCAUUUAAAGGAAGACAGGUUAGCGAGCUAAUGGCUAACGUUCCCCUUUAAAGAUGGAGCGUCAUAAAACUAAACUCCUGCCUGAAGCUUCAUGUUCCGUGUGUUUUCCAGUGUGAAGGAGUCUAAACCUUCAUGUGUUCAUAUUCAUGUAUGAGUGUAAGUACAUGAAGUCAGAGCAUGCAGAGCAACCUUCAUCCAACAUGUCCAUCGAGUUCAUUGUUAAAUAAAGUUCAGAUGAGUA